AUUUGAUCACUAAUGAGAUGAGUAUUUAUAUGAAGGCUGAGAGUCUUUUUGGCAAGUCUGUUGCGAUUAGGCAAAGAAAUACAAGGGCACCAGCUGAUUGGUGGGCAUCAUAUGGUUCUAAAACUCCAAACUUGCAAACUUUUGCCAUAAAAGUCCUUAGCCUAACGUGUAGUUCAUCGGGUUGUGAACGAAAUUGGAGUGUAUUUGAACAUCUUCAUAGCAAGAAAAGAAAUAGAUUGGAGCAACAACGUCUCAAAGAUUUAGUGUUUGUCAAAUAUUAUAGAACAUUGAGAUUUAGGUAUGACAUGCGCAACACUCUUGAUCCCAUAUCUUAGCAAAAUAUUGAUGAAAGCAAUGAGUGGUUGCUUGGGAGGAUGGAUGGAGAAUCAGAUGAAGAUAAUGAGCCUGUGUUUGAUGAUGAUAAUGGCUUGACGUGGGCCACUGUUGCUAGAGC